AUGUACAAGGAUUUAAACGAAAAAGAUGCUUGUGGCGUUGGUUUUAUCGCGAACCGCUUCGGAAAUCGGAGCCACGAGAUUAUCAAGAUGGCGACGCAAGCGGUAACAAAUUUGACGCACCGGGGCGCGGUGGCGGCGGACGCAAAGACAGGCGACGGGGCAGGUAUCCUAACACAAAUCCCGGAAAAAUUAUUUCAAAAAGAACUUGAGAAGCUUGGAGUCCACUUAGCGUCGAUAAAUGAUAUGGGUGUCGGGAUGAUUUUCCUGCCACGGCAUGACCGGAGCGCACAAGCACAAGGACGCGCACUCGUCGAAAAGACGUUACAACAAUACGGCGUUCCGCUCCUCGGAUGGCGUUCGGUGCCUCUGGACCUUUCUGCGCUUGGGACCAAGGCUUUAGAAACCAUGCCGGAAAUUCAACAGGUAUUGGUAGGGCGGCCAGAGCAACUUGCAGACGACGCUUUUGAGAGACGCUUGUACUUGAUAUGCAAAGAGUUAGAACAUCGUAUCACAGCAGCAGGACUUGACGAAUUCCAUAUCGCAUCCUUUUCGCAUCGAACGAUUGUCUACAAAGGGUUGCUAGUAGCACCGCAGCUCACGCAAUUUUAUCCGGACUUAGAAAAUCCAGAUUUUGAGGCAGCACUUGCUGUUUUCCACCAACGCUACAGCACAAAUACCUCUUCUACGUGGAUGCUCGCUCAACCCUUCCAUACGCUUGCACACAACGGUGAAAUCAACACCUUGAUGGGCAAUCGGAACUGGAUGCGGGCGCGCGAAGCCGACUUGCAGUCGCCCCUCUGGAACGAACAUAUCCAAAAACUUGUUCCCAUUAUCAACCAACACGGUAGCGAUUCAAUGAGCUUGGAUAACGUGUUGGAGUUGUUAACACAUUCUGACCGUGGUAUCCUACACGCCAUGAUGUGUCUGAUCCCCGAGGCGUAUGAACAGAUUCCGGAUAUGCCGGAUGUGCUCAAAGCCUGUUAUGAGUACCUCUCAUGUGUCAGUGAACCUUGGGACGGACCAUCGGCGGUCGCGUUUACGGAUGGUGUUGUCGUUGGUGCAAGUCUGGAUAGAAACGGUUUACGACCCGCACGCUACAAAGUCACAGAAGACGGAACCGUUGUCAUGGGUUCGGAAGUCGGUAUUAUUGAACUUGACGACAGUUGCGUUGUGGAAAAAGGACGUUUGGGACCCGGACAGAUGAUUGCUGUGGAUACAACGCAAGGGAAACUGCUGAAAAAUUCGGAGAUUAAGCAUAGUAUUGCCGAACAGAAACCUUACGCCGAAUGGGUACAGAAAGGCAUCGUGACGCUUCCUACUGAAAAAGACGACGCUUCUGCUACGACGGAAACUGUUCCUGAGCAGCUGCCGAUGUACCAGAAAGCGUUCGGCUAUAUGACCGAGGAUGUGGAACGAUUUAUCAAACCCAUGGUAACGGAAGCGAAGGAAGCGAUCGGUUCGAUGGGCGAUGAUACACCGCCUGCUGUGAUUUCUCGGCAUCCCCGGUUGCUCUACAGUUACUUCAAACAACGUUUUGCGCAGGUAACGAACCCCCCUAUCGACUCGAUCCGGGAACGUUUAGUGAUGUCGCUCACAACUUACCUCGGGCGGCGGCAUAAUCUGCUCACGGAAACUGAAGCACACGCUCGACUUAUUCGGUUACCUUCACCAAUCCUGACAAAUUCAGAUUUACAAGCGUUGCAGGAGUUGAAUAUACCCGAUUUUCAGAUAACGACGCUUUCUGUUUGUUUCCCAGUAUCUUCCGGUAAACGAGGGUUGGAAACCGCGCUGGAAGCGUUAUGCGAAUGUGCCUCCGAGGCAGUUGAUGCCGGAAUAACACUUCUCGUGCUAAGCGAUAAAGAUGUUAACCCUGAUUCCGCUCCGAUUCCGAUGGCGCUUGCUGUUGGUGCCGUUCAUCACCAUCUGAUUCGAGAAGGAAAACGGAUGCGGGUAAGUCUUAUCGCUGAAACCGGAGAUGCGAGGGAAGAACACCAUUUUGCUGUCCUGAUCGGUUAUGGGGCAGCCGCAGUCAACCCUUAUCUCGCGUUUUCAACGAUCGUUCAGCUUGCUGAGGACGACGAACUCGCUGGACUCACGGCAACGAAAGCAGUUGAAACCUAUAAGGCAACCGUCGAAAAAGGUAUUUUGAAAAUUAUGGCGAAGAUGGGAAUUUCGACAGUUUCCAGUUACCGCGGUGCUCAGAUUUUCGAGGCACUUGGUGUCAAUGCAACGGUUAUCGAUAAGUGCUUUACAGGCACCACGUCACGCUUAAGUGGCAUUGGGUUUGCCGAAAUUGCUGCGGAAACGCUCCAUUUCCACACAAAGGCGUUUUCAGGAAGCGAAAACGACGCAUCGCUUGAAGAGGCAGGCUAUUUCCGAUUCCGUAGAAACGGCGAAUUCCAUGCGUACAAUCCAACGGUGUUUAAAUCGCUCCACCAGUUCGUCAAGGCUGGUAAGUCGGAAGAUUAUGAGAAAUAUGUUGACGCUGUUGAGACUGGUGAACCUUCCAGCUUACGUGAUCUGCUUGCAUUCAAGCCGAGCACGCCUAUCUCAAUUGAAGAGGUAGAACCCGCGGAGGAUGUUGUUCGGCGUUUUACAACGGGUAGUAUGUCUUUCGGAGCGUUGAGCCGUGAAACACACGAAACCUUGGCAAUCGCAAUGAACCGCCUCGGUGCAAAAUCUGGAAGUGGAGAAGGUGGUGAAAGUGCUACACGCUUCAAGCCGCAGCCUAAUGGCGACCUCGCUUCGAGUGCUAUCAAACAGGUAGCAUCCGGACGUUUCGGUGUGACACCAACAUACUUAAUUUCUGCGAAAGAAUUGGAGAUUAAGAUGGCGCAGGGGUCUAAACCUGGAGAGGGAGGGCAAAUUCCAGGGCACAAAGUAACCGCUGAAAUUGCCUCUAUCCGCCACUCCGUGCCGGGAGUUCCGCUAAUUUCGCCACCACCGCACCACGACAUCUAUUCUAUUGAGGAUUUGGCGCAGCUCAUCUAUGAUUUGAAGCAGGCAAAUCCGCAGGCAAAGGUCGCCGUAAAACUGGUAUCCGAAUUUUUAGUGGGAACCAUUGCUUCUGGCGUAGCAAAGGGCUACGCCGAUGUCAUACAGGUGAGUGGACAUGAAGGUGGUACCGGCGCAUCCCCGCUCAGUUCCAUUAAAAACGCAGGCACGCCUUGGGAACUCGGACUUGCAGAAACGCAACGCGCACUCGUAACAAACGAGUUACGAGAUCGUGUAGUUUUACGAGCAGAUGGUGGCAUGCGUUCUGGACGCGAUAUUGUCAUCGCCGCUAUGUUGGGAGCAGAAGAAUACGGAUUCGGGACAAUAGCGAUGGUAGCAACCGGAUGUAUUAUGGCGCGCCAAUGCCACCUAAAUACAUGUCCGGUUGGUGUAGCCACGCAAGAUCCGGCACUCCGGGCGAAGUAUCCCGGUACUCCCGAGAUGGUCGUCAACUUCAUGCUCGGUGUAGCGAACGAGGUUCGCUCUAUUCUGGCGAAUCUCGGACACAGAUGUUUGAACGACAUUAUUGGUCGUCCUGAAUUGCUACAACCGAUAGACCUUGCAGAUUAUCCGAAAGCCGGAAUGCUUGAUUUGAGCGAAAUUCUGACACCUGCUGAUCCAACCGGCACACAGCCCCGUUAUCACUUACAGGAACGCAACAACCGAGAAGAUAUUCCGCUCGACGAUCAGAUAUUAGAGGAUGCAGCAGAAGCGAUCGCGCAGAAAACAUCCGUCCAACUUUCUUAUUCUAUCCGGAACAUACACCGGACAGUAGGAGCGAAGUUAUCAGGCGAAAUCGCAAGGCAUUAUGGCGACGCUGGUUUGCCUGACAGAACGAUUCAGUGCAGUUUUGAGGGCAGUGCUGGACAAAGCUUUGGUGCCUUCUGUAUCAGCGGAGUCCAACUCGUGUUGACCGGGGAAGCCAAUGAUUAUGUCGGAAAAGGCAUGGCCGGUGGAGAGCUUAUUAUUAAAGCCUGCACCAACAGCGUCGUUCCGAACUUCUGA